GUCUUUUUCACCACUUGGGUGCAUAGAAAAUUUCAAGAAGACGAAGACCAAGUCUGCUUCAAUUUUCAUAUUGGAUUAAAAUUUAGAGAAGAUUUUGAAGAUAUCGAAUGUUCUUUAUUAAUAAUAUAUUGUGAUAUGAGUUUACACACGAUUCGUGAUUGAUUUGAAUGGAAAGAAUCGUGAAGGUUCAGUAUAACCAAUAUUGCCAAGAGAAUUAGCAUACAUCGGCACCAUCACAGAGAAACAUAACAUGAACAACGAUGCCACCAGCACGUCCUGGAAGUCUUAAGGAUCCGGAAAUUGCCGAUCUUUUCUAUAAACAUGAUCCAGAAAAAAUAUUCGAGGAUUUGCGUGAAAUUGGUCAUGGCUCGUUUGGCGCUGUUUAUUAUGCACGAUGCAACCUCACCAAAGAAAUCGUGGCCAUUAAAAAGAUGUCCUAUUUGGGCAAACAAAGCCUUGAAAAAUGGCAGGAUAUUCUUAAAGAAAUCAGAUUUCUUCGUCAAUUGAAUCAUCCGAACACCAUUGAGUAUAAGGGUUGUUAUUUACGUGAAUCAACAGCGUGGCUUGUAAUGGAAUAUUGUGUAGGUUCGGCUUCAGAUAUUAUAGAAGUACAUAAGAAACCUUUACACGAGAAUGAAAUUGCUGCGAUAUGUGAUGGCGUUUUGAAUGGCUUGAGUUACUUACACAGUUUGGGGCGAAUACAUAGAGACAUAAAAGCAGGAAAUAUUCUACUCACCGAUAAUGGUAUUGUCAAAUUGGCGGAUUUUGGAAGCGCUGCUAUCAAGUGUCCAGCUAACAGUUUUGUGGGCACCCCGUAUUGGAUGGCCCCGGAAGUAAUUCUAGCUAUGGAUGAGGGACAGUAUGAUGGCAAAGUUGAUGUGUGGUCCUUGGGUAUUACUUGUAUUGAAUUGGCUGAACGGAAACCUCCAUAUUUCAACAUGAAUGCAAUGUCUGCUCUUUAUCACAUUGCUCAAAAUGAUUCACCAAAUUUAUCCAAAAAUGAAUGGUCCGAUACAUUUUGCAAUUUUGUUGAGCUGUGUCUAAAAAAAAUGCCCGUGGAGCGACCUUCGUCAACGAAACUUUUAAAACACGAAUUUUUGACACAGCCGCGCUCAGAUAUUGUGCUGUUGGAAUUGAUUGCGCGUACAAAAGCGGCCGUGCGUGAAUUGGAUAAUUUGAAUUAUCGUAAAAUGAAAAAAAUACUAAUGGUAGAUACCUGCGAGACUGAGAGCGCCAUUGGCGAUACGGAUGAUACCCAGGAUGAACAUGCUGGCGGUGAUAGCAGUAAGAGUAAUAGUAUUACUUCAGAACACUCCAUACAUUCGGUGGGUGUGUCGGCGGCCAGUAGUCAAGUAAGCUCUUCGUCGAAUUCUAUUCCCACCACACAAAAUCAUUUAUUGACGCAACAGCAACAUAUUGCUGUGAAUUAUCAACAACAAGCGGCGGCGGCAGCAGCAGCGGCUGCAAGUAGUGCUGCUGCACGAAAUUCGUCACGACAAAGAAAUCUGCCGCCACUUCCUAACAUAAUGCACAAUAUGAACAAUAAUGUUACACCAACAAAUUCAACUUCGGUUGUGCCAGCGCCUAUAAUGCCUGUAUCGUCAACCAGUCAUUCAGCAGGAGGUGGUUCACCUGCUUCUACAGCGAAUAUGGGUACAGGCAUGCUAUCUCAAAGUAGCGGUGUUUGCGUGGGCAGUGCGGGCGGUGCCGGCGAUCGUAUGCCUCGCUUUUUGUCAUCACCUGCCACCGCAGCAGCAGUAUAUGCAGCAUCGUCACAAGUCAACGAGCAUGGUCCCAACAAUUUUGCGACUAUUCGCACUACAAGUAUUGUAACAAAACAACAGAAGGAACAUAUGCAGGAGGAAAUGCAUGAGCAAAUGUCUGGCUAUAAACGAAUGCGACGCGAGCAUCAAGCUGCGUUGGUGAAGCUCGAGGAGAGGUGUAAAUUGGAAAUGGAGGCUCACAAGGGCGCAUUAGACAAAGAAUAUGAUAAUCUGUUAUACAACUUUACACGAGAACUGGAGCGUUUAGAGGCGAAACAUCAGCAGGACUUGGAACGACGUCCAAAGCAAACAACCGCAUCAGAGAAGAAACUAUUUAAGGAGAUUUCAUUGAAACAAGAAAGUGAACGCAAAGCCUUCGAUUUGAAUCGUAAAAAGGAAUACAAGGCUAAUAAAGAGCGAUGGAAACGUGAACUAUCGAUGGAUGAAUCGACACCCAAACGUCAACGUGACCUGACGUUGCAAUCACAGAAAGACAACUUGAAGCAAGCGGAAGCGCAAGAGGAACAACGUUUACUGCGAGUACAAAAACAGUACAUUGAUUUGGAAAUGCGAAAGUUCAGGAGGAGACGCCUAAUAUCUCUGCACGAGCUCGAAGAUCAGUUAUUGCGUGAUGAAUUAAGCAAAAAGCACCAUCAGUUGGAGCAAGCGCAUGCUAUUCUGCUCAAACAUCAUGAAAAAACACAGGAACUAGAAUAUCGUCAACAAAAAAGUGUACAUCAGCUUCGCGAGGAACAGAUAAAUACUCAGCACGAUACGGAACUGAAGAAUCAAAAUGACUAUAUGGAACGCGUUAAAAAAGAACUUUUGAGGAAGCACGCACUUGAAAUCAGACAACAUCCCAAAAGUUUGAAGCAAAAAGAGUUGCAAAUCCGCAAACAAUUCCGGGAAACUUGCAAAACUCAAACAAAACAAUAUAAACGCUAUAAGGCACAAAUUCUUCAGACAACACCAAAAGAGCAACAGAAGGAGGUUAUAAAACAAUUAAAGGAGGAGAAGCAUCGAAAACUAACACUUCUCGGUGAACAGUACGAACAAAGCAUCGCUGACAUGUUCCAAAGUCAGAGUUAUAAAUUGGAUGAGACCCAAGUGAUUGAGUGCCAUCGUACCAACGAGCAGUUGGAAUACGAACUUGAUGUGCUCACUGCCUAUCAAAAUAAAAACAAGAAACAAGCUCAAGAGCAACGUGAUCGUGAGCGCAAAGAGUUAGAGAAUCGUGUAAACGUGCGAAGAGGUUUACUGGAGAGCAAAAUGAAUGCGGAGUUGCAGCAGUUCAAUCAGGAGCGUGCUGAACGUUUACGUAUCAAACAAGAGAAGCAUGCCAGAGAACUGGAAGCUUUCGAUCAGGAAUCGCUUGCGUUAGGUUUCAGCGCUCUAUCACUCAGCGAAGUAUCGCGCGAAACAUACCCCGACGAGGAGGGUAGCUUAUCAGGGUCCAUGAUCAGUUUAGCGCAUAGUAAUAGCUCUACAAGUUUUCCGGCUGGCUCCCUAUAGCAUAAAAACAUUAAUAAGUAUAAACACGGCAAUUUUAUUACAACUAACAUAAUUUCAAUAACAAAGAAAGGAUUUCGUAAUUCUAGUGAUGAUGGUAAAAACCAAGUAAAAGAAGUAAUGUAAAAAAGGAAACUCAAAACAAACAAUUAUAACUAAACACUAAUAAAAAUAACGAAUACAUUAAAAAAGGUAGAAAUACUUAUAAAAAAGUUAUGAACAAGUGAGUGAAACAAAACUAAUAAUAAAUUAAAAAUAUAAAAACUGAUUGAAGCAAACAUAAUACAUACAUAUAAACAUCAAAAGCAUAAUACGUAAUGGCAGUUAUCGCCGGUUCAUGUGUUUAAAAUUAAGUUAUUGAACUAAUUAAAGCAAAAUUGCAAUGGAGAAACAAAGCAAAGCAUAUAUUCAAGAUAUGAAAAGCGGUAAUGAAAUUUAAGAAAACAUAUGCAUUAGUGGCGAGUUUCUUAAGCUGUAGGCUUUGUAUAAGAUAAUCAAAAAGAGGCGUUCGCAAUAGGGCGCUAGUUUUUUAUAAUGCAGUAUAAUAGCGCUAUAAACGAAUGGAAAAAAUACAUACACACUGUCUUAUGUCCAUAUGUCUGCACGAAUGUUCGCUUACAUAUGGUGUUUACUCGUAUGCAUAUAAAGCUGGCGUGAAAAAAGGCAUUUCCUCUUCCAUCUAGUAUUUAUAUGAUACGAACUUUGGAUUAUCAUGCAAUGUUACUUUAAAAAGUAAAGCAAAACAGUGGUGUAUGCAGUCGCAUUAUACUACAGAGCUAUGUUUCAUAUAGACUGAUACAGUCGAGCUUCGAUAUCCAUGGUUAGGUUCAGAAUGCUGAGUAUAAGCAUGCAGCCAAACAUAAAUAUACAUCCAAUUGUAUAUUCAAAUAAUACUGGAACAAUUACGUAUGGUUGUAUGGUGUCUUUUUGUGCAGUACUCAGUUGUAUCGGUGUCCUUGUUAUUAUUUUCGAAAAAAAGCUUAACACUCUUUAAAAGUCGCUAAUAACAUGGAGAAUUUUUCUUAAUUUUCUUACUGUGAUAUUACAUAUCAAAGAGUGCAACAUCUUGGGUUUUGUUGAUAUAUACAUAUGUGUAUAUACAAUCGGAAACAGUAUGAAAUUGUAAAAUUUUGCAUACAUCAGCCUGUCUGUCCCACAGUUGAGUCUAGUCCCCUUCAUUAGAAAUUUUAAUAUUUAGAAAUUAUUUUGAUUUCUUGAUAAGUGUAGCUUUUGGAAAACUCAAUUGCAGAAAAUUUGCUACUUUUAAUUGUUAUGUUUAAAAUAUUAAAUUCAUAUUUGCUUUUUAAUAGUAAUUUAUCCCCUUAAUGAAAAAGUUUAGUCAAGUUUUCAGCACUGGCCAUAUCUGAGAGCUGCUCGGAAUCCCCUAGUUUGUCCCACUGGUGCUUUCAGUAUUGUCAAAUCCUUGUGUAAGCUGCUCGUAGGGAACUUUUGCUGCUAAAAUAUGUAGUUGAGUUAACAUUCCAUUAAAAUGAGUUUGAACUGUGCACAUCUUUUGUUGCUGUAAGAUCUGUAAAUCCUUUUAAUCAUUAAAUGAUACCGAAAUCAAGCAAGUUUUAGGAAAACAUGAGGUUUUCAAAGUUGAAACUUGAUAUUAUUGGUGGAAUCCCUCAAAUAUUGUAUCCUUUUUAAACUAAAAAUUAUUUUUUUCUUUGCAUAAAUCUUAAAUUUGAAAAUCAAGAGAAGCUUAUAUGAUUAAGAUACGGUCGAGUAUCGUCACUGAGCAUAUAGUCAAUGCGUUCUGGAAUUUGCAAUAUUUAAUAUUCGCCAUUAUCUGUAUAUUUUGACUGCGUUGGUUUGUGAUUACGAUUUCGCUUUCCUAUUUAGAGUCGCCCAUGUUUUAUAAGAAAUUAUGAAUAUGAAAGUAUUGUGAAAUGCAUAGAAAAAGUGAAAUGUUUGUAUAUCAAGAAAUUCGAUAAUAACAAAAUAGAAAGGCAAAUUAGGAUAUUUAAAAUAAAAUUAAUUUUUUGAAAAUUAACAAUUAGCCAAAAUGUUGUGUUAAUAUAAUAUUACGUAAUUUUAGUAAACAAAUUAAUAUUGUAUAUUUGUUCAUGUUUUAUUCUUUUCUAUUAUUUUUUGUUGUUGAAUUGUGUGGUGAAAAAGGUUGCAGCAGCAUUUAUCCUAUCCACCGAUUAAUGAAUUGCUUUGUACGUCAUUUGUUCAGUUUUGUGCAGAGUUGAAAAAUGUAUACCUAUAAGUGAGCAUACAACAACACAAAUUUGUAAAGACCAUAAAUAGAAAAAACUAUACAUCAUUAAACAAACUUAAAACUUCUAUAAUAAAGCUGCCGAAUAAUAAAUAUGGAGAGCUCUUGAGCAUAUAACUUGAAUGAGGUGUGAAACGCCCACUAAAACCUAAACUGUGUACAGUACUUUAUUACAAAUAUUUUAAAUAUAAUUAUAUUAUGUUCACGGAGGAAAGGAUAACAGUAUUGUUAAUACGAUUUGAAUAACAACAAAUGAGUCAGUCAUUGAAGUACUUCAACACUAUUGCUCCGCUGAUUUCUACUUAAUGAAAAUAUCAGUAGAAUACUAUCACAUAAAUUCAUUGAAAAAUAUAUUGUAUUACCAUUUAACGCUACAGUUGUUGUUCCUUUCCUCUGCUUCAUUAAAUAUUUAUUUUAAAUAAGCACUACAAGUUGUAAUUAACAAUGCAAAUGCAAUUUCCACAUAUAAAAAUGUGUAAAAUAGAUUCCACGCCAGCAAAAAUCGACCAAUUAUACCAAUUAUAAUUAUUAAAAUAACAUAAACAAAGCAAAUCUAAAACACAUUUCUAGUAGUUUAGUUUUGUAGUAACAUACAAUUUGUAAUAAUACAACAAAAAUAAAUUCAUAUACAUACCUAUAUAUAUAUAUUAAUAUAUAUAUUAUAAAAAAAAAACCAACAAAACUUAGAAACAUAUUAAGGAACCAUAAGAAAAACUUUAUGUUAAAAAUAUUGAAAUUCAAAUUUAUUUUAUUUUUAUGCUAGAUAUAAUAAAAUCGAAGAUAACAAAUUAAUAAGUCUAUAAAAAUAAAGACGGCAAAAAUCAUAUAAAUUGUUUGUUUAUUUUUUGUUGUAGUUGGUAAAAUAAAUUAAAACAUUGUCGAAGCUAUUUAGUAUUUGAAACCAUAGCAAAUCAAAACCUGGUAUUUGGUAUGUUACUCCGUAGAAACUGAGAGCCAGAGGAUAUGUGUAUGUAAGAAUAAGUUUUACAAUGUAGUCACAUGUGAGAAAAUAUUCCUCGAUUUCUUCCCAGCAAAUCGAUGUCUAUUGUUAAAAAUUUGUAAAUUUGAAAAUAUAUUUGGACUAAAAUAAUUUAUUUAAAAAACAAAGCAUUUAAUCGUAAAUUAAAAUCAUUAAAGUGGUAUGGCAGACCUAAAUAGCUUCACUUAUACGGUAAGACAGAAUUUAACUAAAACACAACUCUGCCGCGUAUAAGCGUUCUCAUGACAGUGUUUUCUACGUAGCCAGAACGGAGCUAAAUUAUUACCCGGCCAAGGACUGGCAAAUUCGCAAAAUUUCUCCAAAUUAUUCGGAAAAUGUUUUAAAUGGUGUUUCGAUUGGCCAAAUAAGUAUGUCUACAUACAUGUUUGGUAAAAAUGUUAAUUGUAACUCAUUUCUUUGGAAUGACAGUGUGUUGUCAAAUAUCCUAUAUAUAGUUUAAUCAGCUAUAUUAUAAAGAGCGAAGGGGUUUGUCUACUCAAAUUUUAACGAAUUGAGCCAGAUCAGAUAUUUUGUUAUGUUUCUGCAAUAUCAACAAAGGCAGGGAAUAUAUUAUUCUAAUUCCGGAUAUCACGUCGCAUUGGAUGGGAGUUAUCUGCGUUCUACUUUUAAGCACAGAUACUGUUUACUUUUGAUCGAGGGUAAAUAUUAAAAUACAGGUGAACUUCUUUAACUCGAAUCACCAUAAUCCAAAAAAAACUUCGAGUUAGAGAGACUUCUAGUUAUAGAAGUUUUCAUUAAAAAAUACAAAUUUUCAAAAAGCUGUAAAAUAUUGUUUUAUACAGUUUUAUUAAUGUCAUUUGCAUAAAGUUUUAUGUAUGUAUGUAUGUAUGUAUGUAUGUAAUUGGCGUAGGAACCGUUUAUCCGAUUAUAGCAGAAUCGAUAAUAACGCGCCAUUCUUCUCUUUCCCUUCCAGGAAUUCGGCGCCAGUUGGAAAAAUGUUGUAUGUACUACAUACAUACGUUCAAACGUAUAUUCUGCAAUUUUGUUUGUUGUUGGUUGCUAUUGUUUGGCUCUUGACGCCUGUACUCCAUGCCUUUGUAACAAGAUUUAUACAAUCCAUAAGUAUAAUAUAUCAUAUUUUUUGUUCACAUCAACAUGUCAACACGAUGGGGAGUCCCUGUCUCCUUUGAAAUUCUGCCUUGAUACUAAAAUUUAACAUUUUUUAUUAUACCCUGGUCGAAAAGUUCGAUUUCUAUUGUCAAUUCAAGAGUUCGAGUUAUGGAAGUUCAACUGUAAUUGUUAUAAAUGUAUAACAUAAAAUACCUUAGUAUGAAUAUAUGUACAUAUUUUAUUAUAAUUUAGUAUAUAGUUUUUUAUAUUUUAUAUUCGUAAUAUUCAUACAUAUCAAUACAUGUUUAGGUCGAUUAUGACAUCAAGCUAUUCAUAAAGCUAUGUUUAUUAAUAAUUUUUGUAGUGGCUAUAAUGAAUUCAACAUUAUUAUCCUCUUGUUGUGAUAAAAACCUCAGGGCUGCAAUUUCCGCAAAAGUACAACCGCCCACGAAAAAUACCAAAAUAACACGAGGAAUAUUAAGAGCAGAACCAUCUAUUGGCGUCGAUGAGUUGUGACGACCACCUAUACCUAUUAGUUGAGCUUGAAAAUCUUCAAAUGUUGGUCCUGGUAAGUUGUUAAUUUGAC